AAGGUCUAGGUCACCGACGACUCUCGGGACCACUCUCUCCUGCAGGCGUCGCUGGCCAUUGCAGGGCCGUGAGGGAGGAAGUGGACUCUGAUCUUCCGUUCGACCAGGAAGCUGGGCACUGCUAGCUCACUUUUCCUCCGUGGCUGCGUGGGCUCCGGCGCCGCAGCGGCUUUCGGAGGGUGUCGCAUGCCCUGCUCCUAUUUACUCGAAGGCGCGCGCCCCGGCCACAGCGAUUAAGCCCCAGAACUUAUCUGGGAAGGAGCUCCGGGCAGGCCCGGACACUAGGCUAGAGCGGUGGGCUUGCCCAGAAAGGCCUGGGAUCCCCUGAGAAGGGAUACAGAGUAACCGGUGAUGAGCCUAAGGGGCGCAGCCGGCAGUCCCGGAGCAAAGGAGGGGGAGGGGAGUGAGCGGCGCGGCAGGAAACGCCCGGGUCUCGGCCAGCCCAGUUGGGCUGGGGGAGCUACGGAGGGGAAGGGCAGAGCGGCGCCCGGGUGGGGUGCCGGGCUUGCUCACCUCGCGCUGGCGGCGCGCCCUUCGGGGAGCUGCGGGGAGGGGAGCAGAAUCCGCGGGCCUUGGGAUUCCGGGACCGCCCUCUCCGGAUCCAGGGGUGGCUGCGAGCGGCAACGACGGCUAGAACCGCAGUGGCAGCAUGAGAGCGGCCGCCGCUACUCCACGCUUGCGGACGUUCGGCCAGCGGUGGCUGCUCUGUCUGCGCACGCCAUGGGGGCGCCGUGGGGCCCGGUGGCCUGCCGGCGGCGCGGAGCGCGGGGUCUGCCACGGUCCGCUUCAGCGCUGGCGGCUGCUGGCCUGGUGUGCACAGUCCUGGUCGCCUACGCCUGCUGGGGGCAGCUCCCGCCGCUGCCCUGGACCUCCGACGCCCCGCCGAGGCCAGUGGGUGUGUUGCUGUGGUGGGAGCCCUUCACUGGGCGCGAUAGGGCCACAAGGCCGCCCCCCGACUGCUGGAUGCGCUUCAACAUCAGUGGCUGCCGCCUGCUUACCGACCGUAGCACCUACGGGGAAGCUCAGGCUGUGCUUUUCCACCACCGAGACCUCGUGAAGGGACCCCUGGACUGGCCCCCACCCUGGGGCGUCCGGGUGCGCUCCGCAGAGGAGCUGGAGCUGCGGGUGUUGGACGAGGAGACCGCCGAAGCCCUGACCGCGUCCGGCCCCAGACCCCCGGGCCAGCGCUGGGUGUGGAUGAACUUUGAGUCUCCCUCCCACUCCCCAGGGCUACGAAGCCUGGCAGGUAACCUCUUCAACUGGACGCUCUCCUACCGGGCUGACUCAGACGUCUUUGUGCCUUAUGGCUACCUCUACCCCAGGACCCAUCCCAGCGACCAGCCACAAGGCCUGGUCCCCCCACUGGCUCGGAAACGGGGGCUGGUGGCCUGGGUGGUGAGCAAUUGGGAUGAGCGCCAGGCCCGGGUCCGCUACUACCACCAGCUGAGCCAGCACCUGUCCGUGGACGUGUUUGGCAAGGGCGGGACCCGGAGGCCGGUGCCUGACAUCGGGCUUUUACACACGGUGGCCCGCUACAAGUUUUACCUGGCCUUCGAGAACUCCCAGCAUCAGGAUUAUAUCACCGAGAAGCUCUGGCGCAACGCGUUGCUAGCUGGGACCGUACCAGUGGUGCUGGGCCCCAACCGUGCCAAUUAUGAGCGCUUUGUGCCCCGAGGUGCCUUCAUCCACGUAGACGACUUCCCUAAUGCCUCCUCCCUGGCUGCCUACCUGCUCUUCCUCGACCGAAAUCCAGCUGUCUACCGUCGUUACUUCAGUUGGCGCCGGAGCUAUGCCGUGCACAUCACCUCCUUCUGGGACGAGCCUUGGUGCCGGGCCUGCCAGGCUGUGCAGAGGGCCAGGGACCAGCCCCAGAGCAUACGCAACUUGGCUCGCUGGUUUGAGCGGUGAGGCAAUAUACCCCUGGGUGUAACCCAGGAGGUCAAGGCAUCAGCUUUUAGAUCCUCUGCCGUGCAUCGCGUUGAAUGACAAAUCACGGGACUAAGGUUUUACUAGUGGAAAAAAAGGUGAUUUGCCAAUGUAAUUCAGCACAGAGACUGGGCGGGUAAGACCCAGUUCUGUUCUUAAUGUUGUUUGGGCAAGGAGCAGUUGGGCCCUCUCUUCAGGAGUGAAGGGGCCCUUCCUCGCCUUGUAACUAACCAGUGUAGAGAUGAAGAAAUUACUUGACUACAAGAAACCAUUGAGUCAGUUGCUCUGAAUUUCCUCAUCUGCCACAAGUCAUAUCUGUGGCCUGUGCUGAGUACAAUGUCAUACACACUGUCCCUCCUUUCACAUUUCACUGGGCCCUUAUGCAGCAAACCCCUGGUUUUAGAAAGAGCCUUGCUGUGAACAUGACUGUGGCCUCAAGGGGUUCUUUCUCCUUGUUGGUGGAACUCCUCAAAGCCUCAUCUCCUGACAAAGGUGAGGGGGUCAUCCAAGAAUUCGUUGACUGUAAUGUUUGUUCCCCUGUCCCAUGAAUGGAAACACGAUGCUGGAUUGUCCCUGGAGAAGAGUUAAGGUGAAUAUAUGUGUACCUCUCUACACAAAGCUGCUUUUCAACCACAUCUUGACUGAACUGCCCUAGGGGUAGUUCAGUAUUUAAUAAAACUUUAUGGAGAAUCCCUUUACAAUGUGAAUAAUCAUACCCUAACUAAUUUCUUGUCUAUUUUUUCUAUAACCUGGAUUUUUAAAAGCGCAUAUUAAAGUUACAGAUGUGAAAAUAAAUCAGAAGCAAAUGUCUCCCCUCUUGCCAGAAACACAGACUCUGUUUACAGAUAAAAAAGGAAGUCAUAGUGCCACUUUCCACAAAAUUACUUAUUUUAUGUCUACUGGACCUGAAAUUUAAACUGGAAUAUCAAUCCUCUAGGGAUGCUGGCAUUACCUGUCUGCAGAACAAUGAAAGAGAUUGUACUGUAUCAUCACGGUGUCUGUUAAUAGCAGUGCUUGUUUCUAUCUGUCAGUUUCUUGUUAAAUGUUUAGUUGCCAGGGAAUGGAACUAGAUUAGUGUCUCUGAUGUUCCUUGUCUUUCGUUAAAGGUUAAACCUGCAAUUCCCCCUGGGGCCAGCAGGUUUCCCUCCUAGUCUGCAUAGUAGAACAUAGAGCCUCACAUUUCCAAUGCCUUUAAGACUGUGCGUGGGACCAAGUUUGAAAAUACAUGCAUUGACUUUAAAAGUUGUUUGGGCAGCAUAUUCAGUAGGUAUUACUGUGUGCCUACUCUGUGCCAAACAGCUGGACUUGAAGUGCCAUAGGAAAAACAAAAAUAUGUAAGGCAAUGUCCCUCUCUUUAAGGUUCUUAAAGUAUACCACUGCCAACAAGUAAUCAGUGAACUUUGGUACAUUAACUGACAGAACCUAUUUGUUUAAAGGGACAUUCUUAGUGAUAUAGGUCAAAAAUGAAUUAUUAGAAAGCCAGUUGAUUCACAGCCUGAAAUAAUAGUUUAUAUUUCUCUUUGAUUUAUUAUAAUAAAGAUUCUCUAUGAUUAAUUAUUGUGGGUAGGGUCCAAGAUUAAUUAGGUUUACACAGGGUUCUGCUGUAAAUAGUAAUUUUGCAUUUGACUACUACAAUUCGCUGAAUCAGUUUUAUUUCUGCAUUUCUUGUAGACUCACUAAAAGCUCAUUAAAAUCCAGAAAGUGCUUCAAUUCUCUUUAUCCUUUAAAGGAAGAAUUAAAAUCCGUGAAUAAAAUGUCCUUAUUAAAAUACUAUAGCAUGGACAGAAUUACAAUGAUAAAGUAUCAGCCAGCCAGUAAAGAAACAGGAAAAUUUCUGUCCUUAAAAUGAGUCUUUAUGAGA